AGCGGCGGCCGGACAUGGCGGCGGUGCCGGGCGGGCUGUUCGCCGUGUACAAGCCGGCGGGGGUGGCGUGGGGCCGCGUCCGUGAGGCGCUGGAGACGCGGCUGCUGCGCGGUGAGGGCGGCCGGCAGGAUCUCGUCCCCUUCCCUCCCCUCCUCCGGGGGCUGCUGACCGCCCCUCACCCCCCCGCUUCUCUUGCAGAGCUGAACGCGGCGCCGGGACGAGCCCCGCGGCAGCACAUCCGCUUCCUGCCGGCCCCGGGCGGCGGCGGGGCCACCGCGCUCGUACCCACCAGGGUGCCGGUGCUGGCCGACCACCCCCUCGUCCGAGGCCCGCGGUUCAGGCGGCUGAAGAUCGGAGCUGGUCACCGUCUGGACGUGAAGGCCUCGGGAGUCUUUGUACUUGGCAUAGGCCAGGGGAACAAGCUGCUCACUGAUCUGUACAACUGCCACCUGACCAAGGUUUACACUGUUGGUGGGCUGUUUGGUAAAGCCACUGAUGACUUCUCAGACACAGGGAAGCUAGUAGAGAAGACAACAUUUGAUCAUAUCACGAGGGAGAAGCUGGAACGGAUUCUUGCUGUCAUUCAAGGAACAAAUCAUAAGGCCCUGCUGAUGUAUUCUAACAUUGACAUGAAAACACAAGAGGCAUACGAGCUGGCUGUCAAAGGGUUGAUUCGCCCCAUGGGAAAAAGUCCUCCAUUAAUCACAGCAAUCCGAUGCCUCCAGUUUGCACUUCCAGAGUUCCAGCUAGAAAUCCAUUGCUUGCAUGAGACUCAGCAAUACCUCCGAAAAAUGGUCCAUGAGAUUGGGCUGGAGCUGAAAUCAUCUGCAGUGUGCACACAAGUGCGAAGGAUCCGUGACGGUGUCUUCACGCUGGAUGAUGCUCUCCUGAGAACCCAGUGGAAUCUGCAGAGUAUACAGAAGGCAAUCAAGGACUGUAAGCUCAAAGUGAAAACAGAGAUAGAGAAAACACUAGGCCAUCAGGAUGAAAACCAUCUUCCUGACAUGGAUGUGGAGAUGGCCCACGCCACAGACAGCUGAGCGCGUGCUGCGGAGGGAACAUCCACGAGCACAAUAACGCAGCUCCACACUGACAGCAUGAUGGACAGCAGAAGGAAAGAGGUUAAUUGCAGUUCACUUCCACCCUUGCCUUGAGAUGACUUCAAUCAGAAAGGCAUUUUUUUUCAGUGACAGGCUGUAUAAUUGUUUUUUAGAGCAUCACAAACAGUUCACUAACAUGAGUUAGCUGUGCCAAAAUUCCUGUUGACUUGGGGAUCAUUAGGUUGCUAAGGAGUGUAAAACCCAUCCCCAAAUUGUUUAGCAGCAGGAAAUAGUGUCUUAGAGAACUGUAUUCCCUUGACUGCAGGGAUUUGUUUGUUCCUUGGAGCUGGCAGCAUAUCCCUUCUGUGGAUUUUAUUUUCCCCUCUGUUGUCCUAGAGUAUUUUCUUUCCAUUAGCUGUGUUUUCAGACACAUCAAAGCUCAAAAUGGGGCUAAAACAGGGAUGUGCAGGAGGAAACAGAGCUUAUGUAAAGCAAUACAAGGAAAUGGUUACACUGGGGUAGGAACAUGUGAUGAGGAAAGUGGCUUGUAAUAGGGACUGAGGUGGAAGAUAGACAAGAAAUAAAACUGACCUAAAGGGGAAGAGGCUGGUUCUUGGCUCAGUGCUCAUCCACCACCCAUCCACUGACUCAUUAAAAGAAAAAGAGCAUA